AUGUCCCAGUACCAGCACGUGCCUACGUCCGAAGUGGCAGCCCUCGAGAACGAGGAGGAGCUCAGUCUCCAGAACCCGCUUUCGCGCGCCACGAUCAACGAGUUCAACCGGCCCGAGCCGCACUGGUUGAAGCGCCUAGCCCUCAUCGGCGCCAUCCUUCUCCUCGGAUGGUUCUCGGUAUACGUCGGCACCGUUCACAUUUUCAACAAGCCCAAGGAACCCGAGGUCAUCUACGCAACGCGAUACUCGGACGAGUUCAGGUAUCGCCCAGCCGCGUCCCCAGUCAUUACAGAAUAUUUGAAGGACGGGCGGAUUCGACUGCGAGGCGCGACACCUGGCGGCGUGGGGGUGCGGGAGGAGGACCAGCCCCAAUCACCAGGGGCGAAGGCGGCGAGAGAAGCGAAGAUGAUCAAGGAGGCUGAGGAGAAAGCACUCGAACAGCUCAAGGAGAGCAAGCGCAAGGCCAAGGAGAGGGCGCGCAAGCGUAAACUGCGCGAAAUCAGGGACCGCGCCAAGCGGGCACAAGAAGGACUCUAG